GCUUUCGUGAAUAGCGGAUCUUUGAUUUGAAACGGAAGUGGGCCGCCAAGUGGUAGGAAGUAGCUUCUGCUUCAACGCUAUUCCCUUUAAUUUGCAGAAUAAGAAGACACGAACGAUUUAUUUCAUGAUGAGUGCUGUUGUGCCCAACCACCGAAGAACCAAGCCUGGAGGCAUAAAGCCAGGCGCAGCAGCCAGUGGUGUGGCAGGCCCAACAUCUCAAAUUCCUGGCCUGUCCCAAAUUGCUGGCGAAAGCACACCAGUAGAGAGGAUCAGUGGACGGAGGGUCGGCAUCUUCGAGUCUGACUCUGAUUACGUCAAGCUUGCGAAGCAAGGGGGGCAUAAAGGGCUGUUGAGCCAUGAAGAUGACGUGGACGAUAAUCGCAAGAUUGACUACAGCCCGAAUAACUGGUUUGGAGGUGACGAAUCAAAUAGCAGCAGCAAAGCAACAUCUCCCAACAGCCAGGCGAAGGGCGGCAGGCAACCUUUGCUUGCACCGUUUGGCACUGAUAACAGUACCUCCUGGGAAAGAGAGACUGAUAGAUAUACUCAUGAUAACGAUAAGAUGUCUCCCGAUGGUGCCGCCGCUCAGUUGGAGGGGCUUUCUGUGAGCAAGUACAAGAGAACGUCUCACGCUAAGAAAGCACCUCCUGUCAGCAUGUCCAAGCUGCUGAGUCAUGGCUACGUGGAAGACAAAAAGAAGUCUCCCAAUGAUGACGACGCCUCAAGUGUGACUUCAGAGCAAACCAGCACCAUCGCAACUGAGGAUGUGGACGAUCUGGAGUAGCGUGGCGUGUUGCUGUUCUCACAUUCACUCACACUUCUUCUACAUCCACUGACUGUUUGUAUUCAUUUAUGCAGCGGGAUGAGCCCUUAAAUUGAUUUGCUUUGCUUUGGAUAAAGCAUUUAUUUCAUUGAUUAGAUGGUCUGCUGCCGUUUUGUUUUUGUAACGCAAUUCCUCAAUUUGAACUUGCAAGUUGUGUGGGAAAACAACUCAUUUAGCGCUCUGCUUCCAUUCUUUAAGCAUGCUUCCGAGCGGCUCAGUUUGCUGGCCUGAUUGCGCGAACAACGAGUAAGUCAGUCUUUAAUGUGUUUGUGCUAAUUUAUUUAAAUGUGAUUUAAGUGAGGUAAAAUAAUCUGUGUUUGAUAUGCCUGUGCCAAACUUUACAUGGCGGCAUUGUGUUACUUAAUAUUAACUAUAAUACUCAACCACUCUUGAAACGUUCUUAAGGAUGUUUUGCACACCGAAAAGCAAAACACAUUAAAUAUUCCUGUAAAUGCAGUUAAAUCUUCAAAAUGUCUUGUUGACCUGCUAACUAAGUGGACGGAACCUGCAGUCUUUGGCUUUCAUGACAAACCCUCCAGUUCCGCUACGCUACCCUGUGUUUGGGUGAGUGUCAAUCUGGAAAUUAUACAGAGCACAAAGAUACUGAGACUAGCCUAAAACAAUCCUCGACAGUUAUCUUGAGUCAAUUUCACUGCUUUUAAUUCGCUUUCACCAUCAAUCUGUAAACCUGUCAGUGAUGAGAAAAUCCAAAUCAUAGUGGGACACUUGAUGUUCAUAUAAAAGACUGAAAAGAGCUUUCAUUCAUUAAAACUGUCAUCUUAUAAAAAGCCGUGUCUGUAUGAUGUGAUCCCUUGUAUUUCUGCACUACAAAAAGGGUGAAGUUUAGUCACUUCUGGUAUUUUUUCCCCUUUAAGCACUGGUAUUGUAUUUUUUUCUCUAAGCACAAAUCUACUUUUGUGGGUGUUUUUUUCUUUUCGUGUGGAUUUCAUCUGUCUGGCACACGUUAAGGAGGUGGGGGAGGCAGUGCUUAUAUAAUACACGUGUUUUGAAGUGAUACCACCAGAUGUGAUAGUCUCCAUACAAACCUUUUAUUUCAAUAAAUGAGCAUGUGCAUGUUCUGAUUUCAUCUUUCUUUGGCUU